AUGACUUAUCAAUUAUAUCGCUGCAGCACUCUUGGCAUCACAUUGCGGGAGACUCUAGACGAUCUUUUGCAGGCUGGCGAAGUUACAGCGGAUUUGGCUUUAAAAGUGAUGCAACAAUUCGAUAAGAGCAUCAAUACUGUCAUCGGCCAAGAGACAAAAACGCGAAUCAAAUUCAAGGCCGGCAGACUGGAGACCUAUCAAUUUUGCGACGAUGUCUGGACUUUCGUCCUCAGCGACGUGGACUUCCACAUGGGCAAGCAAGUCGUAAACGUCGACAGAAUCAAAAUUGUGGCUUGCGAUGGCAAGCCUUCUAAGGAUACCUAA